AUGGCAUCCAGAGAUAAAUUCAAGAAGAAGGAGUACCCAGCUCCAAACAUGGCUUCUAUCUUGAAGGCCACGUCUACUGCGAAGGCGAGGCCCCUGAAGCCUGGGGCUUUGGAGGAGGCAACUCCUCAGAGGCCAGAGAAGUCGAAGGAGCCUCGGGGCAAGGAGAAAGUCCCCGAGGAGACUAAGAAGAGGAAGCUGGUGCACAUCUCCAGCUCAGCUGGAAAGUUUGGGACCUCAGUGUCCCAUAGGGCUGAACAGACUGCCGAGCCGAAGCUCCUUGCUGCAGCCUCCAAAGCCAUCAAAAUGGAGAUGGUAAGAGAGGUAGAGGCUGAAGAGGCUAGAGCGGAUGUCGCAAGCUGGGAGGGAGGAGGAGAUGGCCCCAGCUUUGGUGGAGGCUCUCCUGAAGAAAUCAGAAGUGCCACCGAGAGCUUUUACAAGUUCUGGAUAGAGAGGUGGCAGCUGUAUGCCUCGUCUUGUGAUGCCAUCGACUUGACAAGGGCACUGACAAGGGCCCAGGCCUCGGAGGGGAAGGCUGCCUCCCUUGCAGAGGAGGUGAAAGCUGCUAAGGCCGAGGCCGAAGAAGCCAAGGCCCAGAAAGUUGAAGAGGCGGUGAAACUUGAGUCUGCUUUGGCCCAAAUUGAGGCCUUAAAGAAGGAGGUGUAUGAGUCACUGUGCGAGGUGGCCUCCUUGACAAAGAAGGUGGAGGUCUCCAGUGAUCACCAAAAGGUGACUGUUAAGGCUCUUGAAAAGGCGAAUCCCUCCUUCGCCGGUGCUCGGGAUGCUUAUCAGUUUCUCGAAGGCCAGGAGAAGUGGUACAUGAACGACGCCUCGGUUGCCCGAGAAGAGGCCCGAACUGCAAGGGAGGAGGCGGUGAAGGAAUACAUCACCAAUUUCCACACUACAGAGGAGUAUAAGAGCUUCAGCUCGUACUGGAGGAACUUCGCCUACGCCGAAGUGCUGGAGCGGGCAGAGGAGCUGUAUCCCAAUUUGGACCUGGCUCAACUUAGGUCCGAAUUUGUGGAUGAGGUACCUUAG